AUGGCGAUUACGUUACUCUGGAAUCUCCAAAACCUAUGGCCAUUCUCCACAUUCAAAUCAAACCAACUCAAAUCAUCUAAACAACUCGUAAACAAACUCAACAUCUCCGAUCACACUAAACAAUUCGUUUUCGCAUUACGCGAUCCCAAAACCCAAUCCCUAAUUUACAUUCUCUCUUCUUUAAACCUAUCUGAACGUUCAUCUUUCGAUGCUAAAUCACUCAUCAGUGAAAUUAAACCUGAUGCUGUUAUUGUUCAAUCCGGUGCCGCCGUUUCACCUUUCGACGACGACGACGACGUUCUUGAUUUUCCGGUACCUAUUUCUUCUUUUGGUGUUAUUAAACGUUGUUUUGUUGAUAAAAUUGGUACAGAUAAAUAUGAAAGUGUUGCUGGUGAUUUUGUUCUUAGAGAGAUUUUUGGUACUGGUUUUAAUGGUCCUUUGUUAGCUGCUAAAAAAGCUGCUGAAAAUGUUGGUUCCACUUUUAUCGUUGUUCAAUCCCCGUUAGGAACUUCUUGUUUGAUUAACAACAACAAUGAUAGUAAUAGUAAUAGUAAUGAUAAUGAUAGUACUAAUUCUUCUGGUGGAGUUGAUGCCGGAAACGGUUUUAGAAAUAUUGGGAAUAGUUUAGUUCCACAGCAACAAGGUGCUGCUUCGUUGGCUUCGAUUGCUAUGAAGAGGUUUUCUUUGAAUAAAGAUGUUAGGAUGGUGUUGGCAGAGGGUUUAUCUGGCUAUAUGGAUCCUCUUUUGGUUGUUGACAGUAAAAAUGAUUCUGUUUUGGAGACGGGUAAAGUGGAAAUUCAACCAACAAGUAGUUAUGAAACACCUGCAUUUGCAAAGCCUAUAUAUCCGUUGCUUGAGGAUUUGCAUGAAAUGUUUUCUGAUUUACCGUCUAUGGGGAAGGCGUUGGGACAUGUUCAGAAGAUGUUGUUGGAUGUGAAUAGAGGUGAGGUUCUUGAUGCUAAGACUGUUUCUGAGGUUUAUACUUUUCGAAUUGCUGUUGAGGGGCUUAGGAUAGCUUUGAAUAAUAAAGGGAUGCGGCAAAUUGUUGAGAAAGAUGUUUCGAAGUCGAAGAAGUUUGAGUUUUCGGAGCUUCCAGCGGAUGACAAGUCUCAAGUGCUGUUUGCUCAGGCCAUUCGUAGCCAGACUGAUAAGUUUAAAACCAUUGUAGCUGUAGUUGAUGCUAGUGCCUUAGCGGGUAUAAGGAAACACUGGGAUACUCCACUUCCUGGUGAGAUUAAAGAGAUUGUUGGAGAAUUAAUUAUGGAUUCUGACGGUAAAGGGGUUAGUUUAAAUCCUGGUGAUAAGAAGCGGCUGUUAGCAGAUAGACCUGUGGUCGCAGUUGGGGCUGGAGCAACAGCAGUUUUAGGAGCUUCGUCUCUGACAAAGGUAGUCCCCAUGUCUACACUGACGAAGAUUGUUACUUUGAAAACUCCAGCUUCACUCAAGAUUGUACUCAGCCAGAUGCAGAAACUACUGUCUGUUGCCCUUGGUCCAUCUAAAUUUGUACCUGGAUUUGCAACUUCUGGAGCCAAAACGCCGGGUAUCAUGAAGGCAGCUGCAUCUGCUGAAAAGAUUAGAGCUGUUACUCACAGUGUUAUAGCCUCUGCUGAAAAAACUAGUGUUUCAGCUAUGAGGACAGCAUUCUAUGAAAUAAUGAGGAAGCGAAAGAUACAGCGUAUUGGCUUCUUGCCUUGGGCUACAUUUGCAGGAAGCAUCGGGACUUGCACAGGCUUGCUUUUAUAUGGUGAUGGGAUUGAGUGCGCUAUUGAAUCUGUCCCUGCUGCCCCCUCAAUUGCCAGUUUGGGUCGUGGAAUUCAAAAUCUACGUGAGGCUUCUCAAGUGGUGAUGCAAACAGAAGGAACUCGAGUCCAAAAAUCAAUAGAAUCUCUUGUAAACAAAAUAAGAAAGGCAAGGGAUCAAUAGAGAAACAAUAUAAGUCUUUUUGAUGUACAGUUGCUUGUGCUUGUCUUCAUGAAGUGGUGUACCCUGAUUGGUAUGAGGUCAGGAAAUUCUUCUGUACAUAGUUUUUUGUCGCAGAUUUAGUUGAAUUUUUUAGUGGUCAGCUUUAUAUUAGGAAGUAUAUAAUAUACACAUUUUUUCGAUCAGAGUGGACAUGAUUAGGAAAUUAAAUCUUUUUCCCCCCUCUUCCUAACCAUUGUGCUAUUUGUUUUCAAUCAUAAAACUUUUAUCCUUCCGUUCUUUGGUGUUAAAGAAUUUUUUGUAGCACCUUUGGUUCAUAUUUACACCUGAAGUGGACCCUAUCUGAUUCGCUGAUAUACAUAAUUUCAAAACUUAAAAAAACCUGCAUCUUUGAGGGGUAAUUUGAAAAUACCGCAGGUGUCUUUUAAUACUUUUAAAUUUCGGGAUGCCAUGAUAUUAUUUGAAUUUAUUUUGUGACUAUUGAAGUUCAAGCUCAUAAAAUGGUUUCUUUGACUGCAAGUGAUCUUGAAAUUCAAUUUCUUGUCUAAAUUUAUCAAGAGGUCAAUUUGAUCGGGAUCAUUUUGUUAAGAAAUUUACAGCACAAACUCUGUAAUAAUGCAACUGAGUCUGUCCUACUGAAAAGAAAAAUAUACAAUGCUAAUUUCACGGUCUAUUGAUUUCUAUUUAACAUGAUGAAAAUCAUCAAGUCUUGGCAGGUUAGUUUUUAACUUAUUAUGCAAAUCACGUUUGCUGCUUGGAAGCUAGAAUAACAUCAAUGUGAUAGUGUUAAUUAGCAUAUUUGACAACAUACUUUGUCCAAAUUCCUAUAGUUUAUGUUGUGGAGAUUAUGUAAAAUUGUGGUCUGCUUUCCUCCGUUUUGUCUGACUCUAGUAUAUAUAACUUCGAAUUUAAUAGAUUGGAUUUUGUUUCUCUGGAGAUUGGUAGUGUGUUUGUGUAUCUAUUCAUUGUGAGUUACAAUUACACGUUCCAAAUGCAAAAAAUGUGACAGCAGUAAGUUAUUGCUACUGUGUUGAGUUGGUAGAUGUUAAGUUUACAAGUGUGUGGAAUUUCAGUUUUUUCCUUUGUUUCAAUAUUAUUGAAGAGAAAUUGGCAUAUGAUGAGAUUCUUUUUGGUUUCCUGUCCUGCAUUGUUCUUAUAAGCGGUGGAAGGGGGCACUAGAUUGUUAUUUAUGACUCUUGUUCCAGUAGAAACUUUUUUCUCAGGGUCUUCAAACUCAAUUUAAAACAGCAUUCUCGGUCAAUUUAAAACAGCAUUCUCUUGGAAGGUGCUGGUAAUGCAUUUGUGCAGAAGAUCUGAUUCCUGUUAAAUACUGUAGCCUUUUCUUGGAUGUGAUGUGACCCACUUUUCUGCUUGGGUUGGAAACACAUUCUUAUUUGAUCCAAAAGCAGUAAAACAUAUAUCAAUUAUUUUCAAAACUGUGCCAAAUUUUGUUGUCAAUUGGUUUCCUGGAUGCUAACUCUUAAUUUUCAAUUCGAUGAACAUAUGUAUAUCUUUUUAUGUUUAGUUGCUAUGUCCAUGAGCUCUAACUCUAGUGGCACCAAAUUUUCCAGAUGACUAUUUGGUCAUUCGGCUCCUGCAUUUUUCUGGGUCCAAAUCUGGUGUCAUGGAGUUGAAACAAACAACAAUCGGUAACUCGUUCAAGCACAGAGGUUGAGUAUCAAAGUAUAGCCAAUACUAAUGUAGAACUAUGUUGGAUACAAUCUCUUCUCUCUGAACUAGGUGAGUAUCAAAGUAUAGCCAUUAUUAAUGUAGUCUUGGCUCAUAAUCCCAUCUUGCACUCUAGAACCAAACACAUAGAACUCGACAAUCACUUUGUUCGCAAAAAAGUUCUUGCCAAGCAACUCAUGAUACUUCAUGUUCCUACAGCAGAACUUGCAGAUCCCUUCACAAAACCAUUGUCUCCAAUAUGCAUCUUUGCUUCCGUCAGAGACAAACUAAAAGUGUCUGCUUUUGAGCAACCACCUCAAGUUUUUGUGUCCGUGUAUGGUGGGGUGGGUGGGGGUAUUUUAAAGAUUAUACUAUUUUAUUUUAUUUCAUUUUUGUAAUUAAUACUAACAAAACUAACCACUUGCACUUAACUUCACAACCAUGGUCAAAAACUCCAUGCUAGAUGAACCCACCCACCAGUACAGCUGCUUCCACGAACACCACCCCAUCCCUUAUUCUUCCCUUCAGUCAACAAGAAAAAUAUAAAUGUUUAAAAAAAUAUCUUAUGUUAUUUUUUUAAAAAAAAACUUGUAAAUGACAAUCGGACUCAUCUGUUUAUUUUUAUUUGAACGAUGAAUCUUAAAUGUAUAAGUUAGAGCAGGAAUACACGAACUUGAUCAUAUAUGAAGUUUAGACUUUAUUUUUCAUCCCUGCUAAGGAUUGAGGUGUGUUUGGACGACUGAAAAAACAAAACACAUCAUGAAUAAUCUAUUUCAAAAAUUUACAUUAAAAAGUGAAAAUCACAUUUAUUUUAAAACAAUUUCUUUUUGUAUUUGUUAAAAGCCAUUUUAAAAAGGAAGAAAUAGCAAGGAAAGUGGUCGCUCACUCAUGCAAGAAUAUAACAACUUCUUCGUUGACUUGUCUGGUCUCUAACCAAAAUCCAAUAUGAGAGUUUCAAAAAAUGAGGCUAAAAAGACAACUGCAAUAAAAAAUAAUCUACAACGAUUAGUUUCCUGUCCGAUCUGUUUUGAUUACUUGUAUUUAAGACACACACUAGAGACUUCUCCAUUUCGUAGUAAUUUUGAAGCAGCUAAAUAUUCUCUAUUCUCUCUUCCUCCUCCUUUCACAUAAUCCACACCACAAACACACUCUUCCGCAAUGGCUAUUACGUUUCCAUGGAAUCUCCAACACCUAUGGCCAUUCUCUACGACCAAAUUCGACGAACUCAAAUCAUCAAAACAACUUGUAAACAAACUCAACAUCCCGGAUCAAACUAAACAAUUUGUAUUUGCAUUACGCGAUCCAAAUACUCAAUCCAUAAUUUACAUUCUCUCUUCUGUCGACUUAUCAGAACAAUCAUCUGUCGAUGCAAACUCUCUCAUCAAUGAAAUUAAACCUGAUGCUGUUAUUGUUCAAGCUGGCAGUCUUUUCCAUUUUGAUGAAGAAGAUGAAAACGAGGUACCUACUUCUGCUUUCGGUGUUAUUAAAUGUUGUUUUGUUGAUAAAAUUGGUAGAGAUAAAUAUGAGAGUGUUGCUGCUGAUUUUGUUCUUAAGCAGAUUUUUGGUACUGGUUUUAAUGGUCCUUUAUUAGCUGCUAAAAAAGCUGCUGAAAAUGUCAGUUCAUCCUUCAUUGUUGUUCGAUUCCCUUUAGGAAAUUCUUAUGAAAGUAAUAACGAGAAUGAUAGUAAAAAUAAUAAUAAUUCUACUGGAUUUGAUGCUGAAAACCGUUUUAGUAGUAUUGUGAAUAGUUUGUUUCCUCGGCAGCAUGGUGCUGCUUCUUUAGCUUCGAUCGGUAUGAAGAGAUUUUCUCUCAAUAAAGAUGUUAGGAUGGUGUUGGCAGAGGAUUUAUCUGGCCAUGUCGAUCCUGUUUUGAUUGGUGACAGUAAAAAUUAUUCGGUUUCUGAGGGGGGUUUGGUUGAAAUUCAGCCAACGGAUAGCUAUAAUACUCCUGCAUUUGCAGAGGAUAUAUAUCCUUUGCUUGAGCAGUUGAAUGAUAUGUUUUCUGAAUGGUGUAGAGAUGCUAUUUUUUCUGAUUUACCAUCAACGGCAAAUGCAUUGGCACACGCGCAAAAGAUGUUGUUGGAUGUGAACAGAGGGGAGGUUCUCGAUAAUAAAUCUGUUUCUGAGGUUUAUACUUUCCGAAUUGCCGUUGAGGGGAUUAGAACAAUCUUAAAUAAUGAGGGGAUGCAGCCUAUUGGCGAGAAAGACGUUUCCACGUCUAAUAAGAUUGAGUUCUCAGAGCUUCCAGAUGAUGACAAGUCAGAAGUGUUGUUUGCACAGGCCAUUCGUAGCCAGACUGAUAAGUUUAAAACCAUUGUCGCAGUAGUUGACGCGAGUACCUUAGCAGGUAUCAGGAAACACUGGGAUACUCCUCUUCCGAGUGAAGCUAAAGAUAUUGUUGGAGAAUUAAUCAUGGAUUCUGAUGGUAAAGGGGUUGGUUUAAAUCAUGGUGACAUGAAUCGGUUGUUAUCGGAUAGACCUGCGGUGGCGGUUGGGGCUGGAGCAACAGCAGUUUUAGGAGUUUCUUCUCUGACAAAGGUCGUUACUUUCAAAAUUCCAGCUUCACUCAAGAUUGUACUAAGCCAGAUGCAGAAACUACUGAGUGUUGCCGUUGGUUCGUCUAAAGUUGUGGCACCUGGAUUUGCAACUUCUAGAGUGGUUACUCGAAGUGUUAUAGCCUCUGCUGAAAACACCAGUGUUUCAGCGAUGACAACAUCAUUCUAUGAAAUAAUGAGGAAGCGAAAGAUGCAGCGUGUUGGCUUCUUGCCUUGGACUACAUUUGCAGCCAGCGUCGGAACUUGCACAGGCUUGUUUUUGUAUGGUGAUGGGAUUGAGUGCGCUAUUGAAUCUCUCCCUUCCGCCCGCUCAAUUGCCAGUUUGGGUCGUGGAAUUCAAAAUCUUCGCGAGGCAUCUCAGACGGUGAUGCAAACAGAAGGAACCAGACUCCAAAAAUCAAUAGAAUCUCUUGUAAACAGACUAAGAGGGGCAAGGGGUCAAUAGAGAAACAAUAUAUUAUUCGUUUUUAUGUACAUUUGGUUGUGAUUUUCUUCAUGAACUAGUAGAAAGUCUGUGCUACAGCAUGAGUUGUGUGGCAAGCCGCGUGUCAAUGUGCACACAUAUGAACAAGAAAUUCUUCCGUACAUAACUUUCUGUUGCAGAUGUGGUCGGUGCUUAGCUUUGUAUUAGGAAGUAUAUAAUGUAUACGCAUAUUUUCAUCAGGAGUAUGCUUAGAAAAAUGAAUAUUCAAGCUCAUAAAA